GUAAAUCCUGCCUGUUGACUUUAAAGGGACCAUCACAUCUGCAUGAUGAGUGAGGCUUGCCCACAACUUUCUUGCAAAUUUUGGUUGGGAAGCUUUGUCUUUGUAGGAGCCCAGCUGUAUACUUUGCUGAGUGAGCUACACAGUGCAAUAGCUCCAGCUUUUUGGUCUUUUCUGCAUCACACAGCAUAUUUCAGAAAUUUAAUUUUGAUGCUUAUUGGAGCUUCCGAUCCUAUUCUGAAGGUUCAUGCCAUUAGCAGAAAAACAGACAAGAAAAAAAAAAAGUUAAAUUCCAAGCACAGGUGGAUGAUGAAAAUUUAAGCUCUCCAAGUUGCCAGUGGGAAACUGUAAGAACAUUUCUAUGUGAGCACAGAGAAGGGUCUCAGUACAGACUCCUAUGCUGGAAUGUCUUGCAAGCGUGGUGGAGCUGUCUUAUCUGUCACACACCUGAGAUUGAAGGUCUUUUUGUGCUGGCUGUGCAAGACUCUUUGGAGUGCCUUUGCUGCAGAGAUGAAUGUUUGCAGACUACGUUUAACAGUACCACCUGAUGAAGUCUCACAGCCUGAGCAGGGAGCAAAAGAACCUGAAAGAAAGAAAAAUGAGCUCUACCAUGUACCAAAUGGCAUGUCUCCGGGGAAGCUCUCUCAUGGGAUGGUGUAUGGCGUUGUGCACCGGACUGACAACAACCAUAAGAAAGAAAUGGUGGUUUAUGGCUGGUCAGCUGAUCAGCUGAAAGAGGAGAUGAAUUACAUUAAAGAAGUGAGAGCAACUCUGGAAAAAGUAAGAAAGAAAAUGUAUGGGGAGUAUGAUGAAAUGAAACGAAAAAUACAGCAGCUUACGAAUGAACUGAAAGUGACAAAUGCUCAUCAGGAAUCCUUAGAGAAUCAUGUGCGAGUGCAGGCUGCAGCCUUAGAUAGCUUUAGUGAAAUGAACAGCUCCUUGACAUCAGCAUCAAUAGACUUGCAGAAAACUCUGGUGGAUGUUACUUUGGAGAACUCUGAUAUAAGGGAACAAAUAAGGAAUUUAAAACACACACAUGAGCAAUCUAUGGAAAAGCUGAGAGAGAAGCAGAAACAACUGGAAACAGCACAAAUUGAAAAUCAGUUACUGAAAUUAAAGGUGGAAUCAUCACAAGAAGCCAAUGCGGAAGUCAUGAGAGAGAUGACGAGAAAACUGUACAGUCAAUAUGAGGAAAAACUGAGAGAAGAGGAGCAGAAACAUAAAGCUGAGAAGGAAAUUCUCCUAGAGGAAACCAACCGGCUUCUGAAGGCUAUUGAGGAGUCAAAUAAGAAGAUGCAGAUUACAGAAACAAGUAUACAGGAGAAAGACCAGAGAAUUGGUGAGCUGGAUCGGUUGAUUGAACGCAUGGAAGAGGAACGUCACCAGCUGCAAAAACAACUGGAACUAAAUGAAAUACAACUAUCUGGAGCAAAAUCUGAAAGCAACUCUGACAGUGAGAGGUCACAGCAUUUGGAGGAGGUAGCAGCUAGCCUAAGGGAGAGAAUAAAGCAUCUGGAUGAUAUGGUCCACUGCCAACAGAAGAAAGUUAAGCACAUGGUUGAGGAGAUUGAAAUGCUAAGAAAGAAAGUCAAAGAAAAGGAAUUAUUUAUAAUACAGCUUUUAGAAAAGAUUUCUUUCUUAGAAUGUGAGAAUAAAGAAUUACAAGAUAAAUUGGACUAUUUAAUGGAAAAUCAACCAAAGACCCAUGUAGAAACCAGAGAUGCUGGUGUAGGAUGUGAUCUUCCAUAUAGGAAGUUCAUCGAUAAGCUCCCAGAUAAGGGCAAGAAGAUCUCUGAUUUUGCAGAGAAGCUGAUGCGUGCCAUCUCACAAGAGGAAGAGCUGGCACGGACUGCAGAGCUGUUGUCCGCGGUCAGGCUGGAGUUCCAGGCAGAACAGGACAAGGCUCGUACCAGUAACCAGCACAUCGCACUGGGCGAACAUGUGCUGCACCAGAAGGAGCCCCCAGUCCUCAGUGCCAAUUCUCGUGCUGAAGAAGUUCCUAAGACUGCUUCCCAAGGACAGGAGGGAGAAUAUUUGGGGCACGAUACCAUAAACACGGCUUUGGAAAAUCAGAGGACUCAGAGCAAAAAUGAUGAAAUGAGGACUGUCAUAAAACAUCAGAAUCUCUGUUGUGAAGCUAUCUCCAAAUCAGCCCCAAGCAGUCACCUGAACAAUGAUCAUCAGAUCUCUCGGAACAAUACUGAGGGUGGCACAGAAAGUGCUUUAGACAACUGUAAUGACACAUUGGUUGAUGCUUUUCAAAAAGUUACCAUUGGAGAUGGGGAUAAUAGUGAAAAAGUAUUGGAAAAAGAGCAGAAUGUGUCUAAACAUAAGGGCAAUAUUUUUGGAAGCCUGCACCCCAGGACACCACAUUAUAUUGAAGUUCUGGAGUCCAGAGCAAAAAACCCUGUCAUAAAAAAAAGCAAAUUCAAAACAAAUGCGUUAUCAGGAGAGCAGAGCGGAUCAUCGCGUGGUUCCUCACCCAGUCAGUCACCUGGGGGAUCUGGCUCUCCAAUUACUGCUGAAGAAAGAAGACUUAGAGAUAAGAAACAUUUGAAUGACAUCACAGCAGCUCGGCUACCACCGCUUCACCACUCCCCUGCUAAGCUGUUGUCUAUUGAGGAGUCCAUAGCAAUUCAGAUACAGCAAAAAGAAGCUUAUGAGGAAAUGCAAGCCAAACUUGCAGCACAGAAGCUUGCAGAGAGGUUGAAUAUAAAAAUGACCAGCUUUGAACCAGAGGGGGAGGCUGCAAUGCAAUACAGAGAAGUGAGAGAUGAAGAUGAUUUUUCAGCAGAUGACUGAAUUCAGGAAGGGGUGUCAGAGAAUGAGCCACGUAACUGAUCCUUAUGCAGUACUUCUUAAAACCCAAACGUGAACAUUGAUCUAAUUAGUUGUUUCUGAACAUUUUAACAUUACAGCUAUGGGAAGGGUUCAUAAUAAUGCUUGUACUUGUGAGGUUUAUUAAGUGAUAAGCCCAGUAUUAUUUGGAGACUGGUUUUGGAACACUUGUGGCAUUUAAUCCUUGCGGAAAGCCCAACAGUUUUCAACUACAGUGAAGUGAGCUCCUUUUCCAAGCUAUAAUGAAUCAUCUACAAGAGAAGAUUUCUUUUGCUGGGAAAUGUAAGUGUAAAGAGCCUCAUAAUCCAAGUCUGUAAAGUUAGCUAAGGUGCCUAUGAACUGCUGGGUGGAAACGAUAUUUAUGAAAUCUCUUCUUUGUAUAAAUGUGAGGUACCUCUAUUGAGGCAUAGUCUAUGAAGGUCAUCCGUGUUUUACCAUAUGGUGACAGUACACAUCCAAAUGACUACAAUAAAUUUGUGAUCAUUUUCUUCCUAUCAUGAGAACUUGUUUCUAUGCCCGUAGCUUCCAGUAACGCUUUCUGCCACUGUGCUGUAAAUAGAAAAGAACAUGAAGUUUUUACCUAACUUAAUUCUGUUUGUGCUUUAAGGGAUUCUGCUGUUUCAUAUUUGGAGACUACUGCAAAGCACUUCAAGAGAUUAAAUUAAUCUGAACACUUCAGUAUUUUUAUUAAAGGUUUUGGUGUUUUUCAUUAUUUUUGUACAGUGCUUUCGAACUUUGGAAUGCUAUUUUUUCAUAGUCUGGUACUGUAAAUUAAAAGAUUGCCUCUGGUUUUCUUGGAGAAAAUAAGUCCUAUGUAUUUUACAGACUUAGCUGUUCUUUGAAGAUAAAAAACAAAUCUUCCUUACAGUAACAUUUUCUGCCUAUUAUUAUGAAUUUUGAAAUAUACAGAACACAAAUGAGAAGUGUUUCUCAGUGAUAUUCCACUACUGACUAGCGUAUUCAAAUCCUGCUGUGAGUGUAUUUUAGCUUUAAGAAACAAACCUCAGAUCCCUUGUGUAGCCUGGCAUAACCUACCUUCUGAGAUGCUCCAGCAGCAGUGCAUACAGGACAGCUGUGUGUGCAAGGCUUUCCCUGGGUGUGUACAUACUGCACAUGUCGCCAGAAACCAAGAUGUGAGUCAUUCAAAAAGCUCACCUUGAGAAAGAGGGCUGAAAGUCUCUGCCACUUACUGAGCGCAUAAAGCAGCUAAUGCCACCAAUAGCACUUUUCUAGCAGGCAGAUACUCUUUCCCUAAUGCUCUGUGAGCUCUCAGAUAAUCCGCAUGGCACAGUCCUUUCCCUGGGAAUGUGGUUUGGCAGGCAGAACUGCUGCUAAGUUUGUAUGUGGCAUUUUUUUAAAUUGUGUAAUCUGUUCCUCAUCUGUGAUACCUCUUCCCCAUAUCCUUUCCUCUCUCUGGUUUCUUGUUUCAAUUAUUUAUUGGCUUCUCACCAGCUGUGUGUUUUUUCCUUCUCUGAGACUCCACUCUCAUAAGAACAUCUCUAUGCAACCCAUUCCCUUUCAUAUGUAUUCCAGUGUUCAUAUCAGAUACUCCAGUGCCUGCAAUUAACUUUGCCACAUGCCUUGCAGCCUGCUGCCAUUGCAGCCUCCUCUUGCUUUCUGCAACUUGAGUUCAAGACCAGCCGUGCACCUGAACACCUGCAUACCUCACUCUAAUGUCUGCAGGGACAUGAAUGUGUUUUUUUGCUGUAGCUACCCUUGUAGCAAAGCUCAGACUGCAUGCUGUACAGGUGUAUGACACUUUCAGGCCUUGUAUGUCUUUCUCCUUACCACUCCUAUAUCCUUACCUCUCUGUUGUGUGGUUUGUUUUGUUUUCUUUUUCUGUGCUUCUAUACACAGCAUCUCACCAGCAUAGGUGAACCUUGAAGCAUAGUUUGUUACCUUUCCAGGCCUGUUUGUGUCCCUCUUGUUCCUGACUGCAUUAUUCCACCCUGUUAUGCUACCAUGUGUGGCUAUUCCAGUGUCUAUGGUAACUGUUGAGUCACGGCCUGACCCACUGAUUGAGCACCUGGGAAAGGACCCGGUCAGUGCUGGGAGCACAGGUGAAGGCAAUUCAGCUGUGUGACUGGGAGGGGUGGAGCCUGGCUGCACCUCUCUUAGGUCUCACUGAAGGGCUGGUGCCCAGUAGGGAAGGGUGUCUUUCUGGAGAUUUCUUCUUGGUGAAGCUUUCCCCUGUGAACUUAGAAUCUUCUGACAUGGAAUGAUGUGGAUGCUUCCACUUUUUGUGAAGAGGGCGGUAUGAGCAAGGAGAGUGUAUACUGGAUCAGGUGGAAGUGAUGACUGAUGGACCCAGGAAAAAAUCUGCAGGAACAAGUGAAAAAUCCAUGCGGAUACUGAAAUCCUGUCCACGUCAAGAUCCCGAAGGUGUUCAACCACAAAGACUUUCACCACUGGCCAGUAAAAUUACUGCUUAUAAUUGUACCCAAGAAAGAAAAGAUCGAAACUGGUCCUUAUGGAAAAUGAACUGCUCACAACUGUUGAUAAAG